AUGGGUAUUUAAACAAAACCCACUUUGACUAACCAUCGAUAAAAUCCUGGUGCACUCACAACUUGGUCGCCUGUUUUCGGUGUUUUCUCGACCAUGUCUCCUAUUUUGUGGUGGAUUUGCGCCCUCCUGAGCUGCGGGUGGGCGCACGAAGGCGCCCCCGAUGCCGCCUACGAGCAGAAGAAGAAAUCCAGUGAAGCGACCAUGAGGUUUGCCAACGUGGAUUUCCUCUCCAAAGAAGAGACGCUGGUGCAGGUCUUCCUCUAUCGGGAGCCCAAGACUGGCAUGUUGGUGUCGCAUGAAAAGCGCGAGUUUGUCCUACAGCAGGUGGACCCUACCGCCAAGACUUAUGUGAUGUUCAACGGACAUCCUAGCAGGGACUCCACUAAACCAUAUUUUGCCCUCAGAACGGCCCUCUUCCAAGAAGGGCCUGCCAACAUUUUCUUCGUCUACAUCGACUGGACGAAGCACUCGAUCACGUUUGCUGAUGCCCUUGACCUGGCCGAGUCGCUUGGGCAGCACGUUGGGGAGAUCCUCAUCAGCUUCGAAGUGCAGAAUCCUCAAUUUAUUGCCCACUGUGCUGGAGCGGAGGUGGCCACCUCGGUGGCUAAAUACCUCAACGGAAGACUGGCGACAAAAGUGCCCAGAAUGACUGUUUUCGACCCCUACAUCACCAAUCGCACCAAAUUGAACUUUGUGGGCGACUUUGCGGACUUUGUGGACGUUUACCAUGCGGGGAUUUACGUGCCAGCCUUUCCCCCGAUUGGGACGGUAGAUUUCUAUCCAAAUGCUGGCACUGAGCAGCCAGGAUGUCAAAGCACUAAUGAGCAGAAGACGUUCCUUUGCCACCACAGGCGAUCCAUCUACCUCUACACCGAGUCCAUUCUUCAAGGCGUCAACGCUUUGGAGGCCAACUACGACCUGGGCGAGUCAAACGUCCAGGUUCUGGAUGAGCCGAGGCUCGCCCCAUUUGGGCACAGCGCCAAUCCAGGAGUUGAGGGCGUUUUCUAUUUGCCCACUUUUGGACAGUCGCCUUUUCUGAUGAAUUAUUUCUAGUUUGCAAUUAAAGGGUUUGUCGCUGA